AUGUGGUUCCCCUCCUUCCUGACCAUUCCGGUCAGCAACUUACUCCCCUCCAUCUCCCUUCCAGCCAACAUCCAGCGUCGCUUCCUAUCUUAUGUCCUAAAGCGUGCGCUGGGAAGGUUCUUCAUCGCCUCCGGCUUCGACGUCGAGCGCAUCCAGGCGCAGCUCGGCGAGGGCCGCGUCGACCUGGAACGCCUUGAGGUCAAUAUUGACGAAAUCAACGCACUCAUCCCAGCUGGUCUUCCCUUCACCGUCACCGGUGGUGAAGUGGCGAAGGUCUCGGCACGCGUGCCUUUCCCCAACCUCUGGAGCGAUCCUCUUGCGUUAACCGUCGACUCCGUCGUUUUGGAUGUGUCACUCGCGCCCACCAAGAGAAGACGAGGUCCGGUCUCAACCGGCUCUCACCACAUCGACUUAGCGAGCUCCGUGACGAGCGCCGCCGGCGAUUUCUUACACGACGAGCUGGACGCGUUCGAGGGUGCCGAGCUCGAUCGAACGAUCCGCGAAUCACUUAUUCUAAACGACACCCUGCGCGAUGAGAUUCCUGGCGCAUUUCCUCCCUUUACCUCCAGUGACGGUGGCGGCUCCCCCGCCGCUGUGGAGAGUACGACAGUGCUCGCCUCACUCGUAGAGCGCGUAUUGGCGCGUCUCCAGUGCCACGUGCGCAACGUUCGUCUCCGCGUGCGCUACGAGCACAACGACUUGGCGGGUGUGCUCGAACUGCGCGUCGGCGAGGUGCGUUACGCAGACGAGACGCCUGAGACUGUAACAGGUGCCCAGAAGACCGUGCGGGCGGUCAGGCUCUCCUCCGUUGGUGUGUACCUGCUCCCUCUCCCGAAGGAAGAUAAGAUGGUACAGCCGGUCCAACUGUCGCGCAUGACGAGCGCGUCGUCGUUCGACUCGUCGCUGUCGGAUGACGACGAGUACCAGGACAUGAUCAUGUCGCAGGCAGUGGCCGACCUCCGCGUUAGCUCUCCUGGCCCCCAAGCGUUAUCAACCCCGUCCACCGCUUCGGUCCGCAGCAACGCGGGUUCAGGUAUGUACCGAAGUGCUGCAGGCUCGGACAUGUUCCAAAGCGCCCAAGGGUCCGGCAUGUUCCAGAGUGCCCGGGGCUCAGGCAUGUUCAAGAGCGCGAUGUCAACGACAUCGGGGCGGAGCAUAUACCACAGCUUCGUGGAGGAGCCAGAAGCGGCGCAGUCGGUAUCGGCUUCGCGCCAAGAGCUGCCGGCAGAUCCAUUCGGUUCGUCUCCCCAGUCGCCACAGGUCGAGGAGACGCAUUAUCCCGAACCAGUUCCAGUGAUGGAGCCAUCAAACGCAGGUUCGGCACACACGAGCCGCUCGGCCACCCCAGUGGCAUCUCAUGACCCGGAGGAAACACUUCUCCUCUCUUUCGGAACAGAGGACAUCGUGUUGCGCAUGACGACCGCGAGGACAAUGCCACCAAGCUCCAGAGACUGGGCCCGCGACCCGGACUCGCCGAUGGCCAUGCCCCGUGUGGUGGACACCCCUAGGGCGCCCAUUCCCUCAAUACGCAUCGAUGUGUCCGUGGGCAUGAUCGCCGCGGCCCUCCUUCCAUCCCACACCGGCUUCCUUCUCAGCCUCGCUCAGGCCGCGCUGGCGCAGGCUGGCUCGGGGCAACCCAGCGCGCCGCCCGCCAACAUUGACCCGCCCAUCGUGCAGCCAAAGUUCGACGCCGAGGUGCGCAUCAAGGGACUGUACGUCUCGCUCGCGUACGAUCUCAGCGAUCCGUCAGCCGAGUACAGCGACCUGGUGGAGCAGUAUUUCUUACGCCCGGCGUCGGUGUACCUCCCGAUUGGGCAUCUACGCGUCAAGCUCGAGGACAUGGUUGCGACGUAUGCUGUUCCUGCCGCUUUGAACAGGCCCGUGCGGAAGCAAACGUCGUCACGCCGCCGCUCCACAGCAGGAACGAGAGGCGCAGCCCUCAACAUCUCCGUCUCGACCGUAUCAGUGUUUGAGUACCUCGCCUCGGCCGAAAGUGGGGACGACGAGCCGCCUGGGGGCACCUUCCCCGUCCUCAUCUUCGACGCCAACCUUCCUAAGCAGUACGAGCUGCCUCCCGGUGCGCCGUCGAGCCUUCUUUCAACCAACAGCCGCACGCCGGCGAACCUCACCGCCUUCCCCCAGUUUGAUAGUGUCGACUGGCGUAAUGCUGGUCUGCAGAAACCAGGCACAGAGAAGGCAUGGCGCGUGCGUCCGCGAAACAAAGGAAUAUUGCGAGGAGGGCCGGUUGCGAGCCCAGAACCCGCAGCGGCGGCGAUUGCAAUCCGCAAGGACAUGGAUGACAGGGAGCCGGCAAAUGUUGAGCUGCUUCCGGUGCACGUUUUCGUUGACCUCUCACUUGUCGAGCGGCUCCUCCCGUUCCUCUGUUCCCUCGCACCAAUUGUUCAGUCGUCGAGCGAACACCCCACUUCGACUGCAGCACAUGUGAAUCCACGACCGCUCGCCUCGCUUCGCCCGGUAGAAGACCCACCUCAGUUUGGGCGCAGAGGGUCUAUGACUCCGCCUCCACGCGUGCUCAUGACUCUGCGCUGCCCGAUGAUCCGCCUCGACAUCCGUUGUCCUGCACCACCCAACCGGCGCGGGUCGUGGGGUGACGGUGCCCAUUUACGCUCGGGAAUAGUGACACUUGACAUCCACGACCUGAACGUCCGUGUCGCGGAGGACAAGCCGGAUGCUCGCCGUCACCCCAGCUCUGACAUUUCUGGCGGCAUCAAUGUUGAGUUCCAGAAGAUCGUGCUCCUCUUCAGCCGCGUCCCGGAGCAACGUUCAUCGGCCUUCCUGGUAAUAGGGCCUUUGGCCCCUGAAGAGGGCGAUGAGGGCGUGCUCCUGCCGAUGGUGAACGUGCGCUCGGAGAUCACGCCCAUGACAGGUGUCAAGACGCAGUCGGUGACCUGCAAGAUCCCCUGUGUCCAGGCCAAGAUUCGCCAGCCGACCGUCGAGGGUCUGCAGUUCUUCGCAGACGACAUGACGCACUGGCUUGACGGCGCAUUCGGAGACGGCUCCGCAACCAGACCCAGGGACGAUCUAAAGAUGAUUGGCAGCCGGUUCUUUGGGUCUAAGGCUUCGUCGUCUGCCUCGAGCUCGGGCGACUACGACGAGGAGGACGAUUUCGGCUCGGCCACACUCUUCCGCCUCGCCGUUAGUGAGGUGGAGAUUGCGUUAUUAGUUCCUAAGGUCAAUGGUGUAGCUGAGAGCUCGGCCGCGACCGAGCGCAUCUUAUCCCUCCGUGGCUCGGACAUGGACGUCAAGCUCGAGUCGAACAGCACGAACAAGCAGGAGACGUCCGUGACCCUGACCGCGAUGGACGUGGACCUCUUCCACAUUGCUGAGCCCGGAUCUGAACCGCAUCGGCUCUUCGGUCGCACCUCCCCCCUCAACUACAGUACGCACACGCAACCCCUGAUCAACCUGCGCUUCUCGUCGAUCACACACGAGGACCGAACCAAAGCGACUGGUAUCCGCCUGACGACUAACGCGAGCACGGUAUAUGUCACACGCGAUCUGGAGUGGGUGCACGACCUAGCGCUAUACGCCAAGACACCAGAGGGCGUGUUCGAGGACGUUGUGCCAAGCGAGGUGACACGCAUCUCGCUGCACGUGUACGACUGUUCGGUGCAUGUCUCAGCGCCCACCAUGUCGGGCGCACUCCUCGUGGUCAUGACAGCAAUCGAGGUGCGCUCCGCCAUGGUAAGCGAGUCGGAUGAGAAUACGAUAGACAUCGGUGCGUCGGGGCUGUAUCUUCUGGCCAUUGAUGACUGCGAUUCUGCGACUGCACUGCAACACCACUCCAAGUCCCUUGAAGCGUGGAAGCGGGCGGGUUAUGCGCAACUGGUUGAGCUCGUGGUCCUGGACGGCCAGGUGGUCCGCUCAAGUAUACCGAACUCCACCCUGAUCGACAUCCAGAACAGCCAGAUGCGGGUGACGGCGUGCGCGGACUCCUUCGCAACGCUUGGUGCUCUCGCCGGUGAUCUCUCCAAGCUCUUUCCCGCUCCGCCUGAGCCUCCUGUGCCACCGAAACGCACCAUGGCACUCGAGAAGUCUAUCGAUGUAUUCGCGUCAGUCGACCUUAACGCUUUUGGACAGGCUCCCGACGUCAUUGCCGGUGCCGACAUGAUAGACGACGACCUCCCAACCAACCUCGACUACCUCGACCACGCGGCCGGCGCUAAAGCGGCGGUAGACCGACACACUGGCGAGUCGCUCAGAUCGUGGGAGACACCCGAUGAGGCACCGCACAUCCAGAACGACCUCGGCGGUGGGACCAUCAAGAUCCUCAUGCAGGAACCUUUUGACGAGGAGCCUGACUACUGGAACUCCUUGCCGGUGCUGAAGAACGGUGUCGAAACUCGUAUAGGCACGUUGCGCGUGCAGGUCCAUAACUGCUCCCUGUCGGUGUUCCUGCAUGACGGAUACGACUGGCAGAAGACGCGCAAGACGAUCGAGGAAGAGAUCAAGGUCAUGCGCCGACAACUUGAGAAGAUCCGCCAGUUACUCGCGUCUGGCCAGAAAGCCGACGCGUCGGUCGACAUUACGAGCUCUGUGCUCUUCAACUCGGUGUACAUCGGCUUGGACGGGCGUGAGGACAUGGAUUCGACUCAGCUCAUUGCGGCGAUUGACGAGGAGCUGCUCGACCUCGAGCCGGCCGACUCGGAGACCGCAAGCAGCUGGCAGACCUUCCCUGACCCGGGCGCUGGGGUUCACCCUGCACCCGUGCAGCGCAAGUCGCACGUGCGGUUGCGAGGCAAGCGCCUGACGCGGUCGAGGAAGGGCCAGAUCGAGUUCAGCGUCAACGGCCUGCGCACCGACAUCGACGCGUACGGUGUGGAUGACGCCACUUCUUCGCGCAUCCACACGACGGUCCAGAGUCUCGAGAUCUUGGAUCACAUCAAGACGUCGACGUGGAAGAAGUUCCUGACUGAGAUGAAGGCCGACUCGCGUGGCAACGUCCGCGAGACGGACGCGGACAUGGUGCGUGUCGAGAUCACAAACGUGCGCCCCAACUUGCCGUCGACGGAUGAGGAAAUCCGCGUUCGCGCCAAGAUCUUACCGCUGCGCCUGCACGUCGAUCAGGACGCGCUGGACUUCCUGAAACACUUCUUCAGCUUCAAGCCGCCGGGCGAGGGAGUUGUGGAAGCGGGGCCGCCCAAGGCCGAGCCGUUCUUCCAAUAUGUCGAGAUCUUUCCCAUCGAGCUCAAGCUGGACUACAAGCCCAAGCGCGUCGACUACUCGGCUCUAAGACAGGGGCGCACGAUUGAGCUCAUGAACUUCUUCCACUUUGAAGGGGCGGAGAUGACCCUCCGUCACGUUACGCUCUCGGGUGUAACGGGCGGCGCCCGUCUCGGCGACAUGCUGCAAGACAUCUGGACGCCGGACGUCAAGUCGAACCAACUAGCCGACGUCAUAUCGGGCGUGUCGCCGAUCCGUUCAGUGGUCAACGUCGGCUCUGGCGUGGCGGACCUCAUCCUCCUCCCGAUCGAGCAGUACCGGAAGGAUGGGCGGAUCGCGCGCGGUGUCCAGCGCGGCACCAACAGCUUUGUGAGAAGCACGGCGAUGGAGAUGAUGAAGCUCGGCGCCCGCCUCGCGACGGGCACGCAGGUCGUACUCGAGCGCGCCGAGGGCGUGCUGGGCCCCAAGAUGGGUGACAGUGUUAUUGUCGAGGCAACGGACACUGAAUCGGAUGAGGAGGGUCAGCACUCGCGGUACCGGAACCAGCCAACAGAUGUGCGCGAGGGCGUCAAGGCCGCUUACGCGAGCCUUUCGUCCAACAUCAAUUCGGCGGCACAGACGAUCUUGGCUGUGCCGAUGGAGGUGUACGAGCGGGCGGGCGACGACGGGCCACUACGAACCGUCGUGCGCGCUGUGCCUAUUGCCGUCCUCAAGCCCAUGAUUGGUGCGAGCGAGGCGGUCAGUAAGACGUUGUGGGGACUGCGCAACAGCCUUGACCCCGAGGGACGGAGGGAGCAGGGCGAUAAGUACAAGUAG